AAGCAACAACAGCAUUAUAACGAAAGAAGUUCACUCGAAUUCAGAAUAUUGUUUAUACCGUUUUGAGUUUUUGUUGCGUUGGCAUCACAUAUUCUCAUAGCAUAAACAAAGUGAAAUUUUCAGUUGUCAAACAAACAUCGCCAAAAAUGGACGGACUGAUUAAGUUUUUCACCGUCGAAGCCGGAAUUUUCGUACGGCAUUUGAGAUAUUUUCGUGACAUCGAAAGUGUUCGCAUCAAUCAGCAGAUUGUUGAUUUGUUGCGUGAAGCGGCAUCAAAUAUUGAGGAACUAUUGAAAAAUACGCAGAAAAUUGAAAUGACCGAUCAAGAUGUGGUAGAUUUAAUUUUCGACUUUGAUGAACGACAAUACAGUUUGCGAAGAUAUUUGGAGUGUCGAUCUUGUUGUGAAUUGAUUACAUUGUCAACGAAGGAUUUUGCGGCGCAUUCCGAGUGUAAGCAUCAAAGUAUCUCAGCAAAUGAAACAUACAGUUUAUUCUCGCCAAAUAUUAGUGGCUCAGAUACAGAAAACAAAAUGGCGUCGUCGACGACCGAUUCCCAUUGUGAAGUCGACUUCAAUGAAAACUAUGUGACAAAGUGUUCUAGCCAAAGUGAUGACAACGAUCAUCAUCCGAAGUACUCCGAUGUCAUAAGUAAUAACAUUUCUGGUGGAGAUUCAUCACGUAACACAAGCCCAAUCACAACUCACAGCAGUGACGAUCUAUCUGAAUCUCAAGCCAGAGACAUUUCAGUGGAUUCUGGCUAUGGAACAUCUUAUUUGGUGAAAAUUCGCGGAUUACCAUGGACGGCCACCAAAAAAGAUUUACGUGAUUUUUUCGCAAAAGUGCACAUUAUGAAUGGUUUGGAUGGCAUUCAUUUUAUAGCUGACGAUGAAAAUAACUAUGGUGUCGCAUACAUUCAAUUGCCAACCAGAAAGGACUAUGAGCUAGCUCGAAAAUUUGAUCGAAAAAAAUUGAACGAACGAUACAUUGAAGUGUUGGAUGCAUCCUCGUCAGAUUUUACCGUAUUAAGUGAUUUACAAAGAAGAACAUCUAAUGAUAAUGUACUGCGUCUUGAAGGAUUGCCUUGGAAUUCCAAAGAAAACGAAAUUCGUCAAUUUUUUCAUGGUUUAAGUCUCGACGACAUUGGUUUGGUUUUAGAUCCAGCGAAUGAUCACACAUUAGAAGCUUUUGUACGAUUUUCCACAAGCGAUGACUUUGAUCUCGCAUUGAAACGGAACUGGGAAAUCAUGGGCAACAGGCAUGUGAAAAUCUUUCGCAGCUCCAUUGUGCAGAUGAAGUUACAAAUAAAUAGUGAUGGCCGGGCAGAAGGUUCCAAGGCGGCGACCAAACAGUUGAGUCCAUUACACGAGGGACCAUUGGUCUCGUUACCAAUUGAAAAACUUAUGGAAAAAACAACAAAAAGUGAAUGGCAAAAAGUUGGUUCUCGACGAUCAAAAACUGACACAAAAAAGACGAGCCACAUAUUUUACAUGGUGUUGGCUCGCGGUUUUCAAUGGAAAGUCACAAAAAAAGAUGUUAUGGAUUUUUUCAAAGGCAUCAACAUUUUGAAUGGUGAAAACGGCAUUAACAUCAUGAAAAAUACAGCAAUGGAAGCCUAUGUGGAAUUGGUAUCAAAAUCAGAUGUUAAGAAAGCACUGGCACUGAACAGUAAACGCGUUGAUUGUCGAACCGUUCACGUCACCGAAAUUGAUUCAAAGGAAUAUUCACGGGUGGCAUCGUGCAUCUCGAAAACAAACGACAGUAACGUGGUACAAAUCAGGGGCCUUCCAUGGUCUGUUGAUAAAACAUACAUCAUGAAACUAUUUCCAACCAUAAAAAUUCCAAAAAAUCAUAUUCAAAUUGAAGUCGAUGAAAAUAACCGACGCACUGGAUAUGCUUUUAUUGAAUUUGACACGUCUGAAGAAUACGAAAUGGCCUUUAAAACGGACUUCAAGCCCAUCAACCAAUACAUCAAACUAUUCAAAGCAACCAAGGAGCAGUACAUGCGAACCAUCACUUCAAACAAAUUAGUAAAUAAAUCAGAUUAGAAAUAAGAAACCAAUGUCAUAGCAAAUGUAUGAAAUGAAAGAAAAACAAAACAUCGAACAGGACAUCUAGCCGGCUGAAUGAGAUAAAAAUACAAUCUUUUUCCUAAUGCAUCUGAAUUAAAUGAAUUUGAAAAUAAAAAUCCAUAUUGAAUGAAAUAACAAACAAACAAAUGUGCUUGUCCCUCAUAACAUACUUGAAACACAUAUUUAGUUAAGCAAAACCAUUGUAAUUUGGAGUGAAGAAAAAGAAGUUUCAUAAGAAAAUUAAAAACAAA